AUGCCUACUUGUUAUCAUCAUCCGAUUUCUAUGACUGACAAUCAAGAAGUCGAAGAACUUGAGUAUGAUAUAAUUGAUAAAGCAAAUGCUCUUGUGAAGGAUUAUCUCGAUGAUGAAAAUCUUUCUUAUUAUACUAUUAACUUAAUUAUUAAUGAUCUAUGUGAAAGUGGAACAGUAUCAAAUAAUUUAUUCGAUGCAGAUAUAACAGAUAUUUAUGCAAAUAGUAUACUAUCAUCAACAACAUCAUUAAUAUCUUCAAGCAAUGAUUAUUCAACAGCUAUUACUCAAGAAAUAUAUCAACAACUGAAGGAUAAUAUUGCUGAUAUUUCUGCUAGAAAACAAUUGUGGGGUAAGUUUAUUAACUAA